CACCUUGUUAGAGUUCAACAGAAACAGUGGAAAGGGAGAUCAGGAUACCGACUUAUGGAUUGCAUAUUGUGCUUUCCAUUUAGCUGACUAUAAAAGGGCAAUGGAGGAGUACCAAAGAAUAGUUAACAAAGGAAAUUGUCACCCCGAUGUCUUUGUAAACCUUGGUUGUACAUACUUUUUCCUGGGCAUGUACCCAGAGGCAGACGAUGCUGCACAGAAAGGUUUGAAGCUAGCUGGAAUUUCAAUCGAUAACCUACAGAACGAUAAUUCCCCUCACUGUAGACUACAGAAUCGACUGUUAUUUCAUCUGUCACAUAAAUUUAAUGAUGAGAAACGGUUGAUGGGUUACCAUGGGCAACUACAAGACAUCAUUGAGGACCAGUUGUCGCUCGCAUCUAUACAUUAUCUCAGAUCUCACUACCAGGAGGCUAUAGAUAUAUACAAGAGAAUUCUUCUUGAUAAUAGGGACUUCCUGGCAUUGAAUGUAUAUGUUGCUCUGUGCUAUUACAAACUAGAUUACUAUGAUGUUUCUCAGGAAGUUUUAGCAGUAUAUUUACAACAGUAUCCAGACAGUGCUAUAGCUUUAAAUCUAAAAGCUUGCAACCACUUCAGAUUGUAUAAUGGAAAAGCUGCAGAGGCAGAGUUAAAAAAUCUUCAAGACACAGCAUCACCUUCAUUCAUCUUUGCAAGAGACCUCAUCAAACAUAAUCUGGUCGUGUUCAGAGGAGGUGAAGGUUCACUGCAGUGUUUACCUCCCCUGAUUGAUGUUAUACCAGAAGCCAGAUUAAAUCUUGUCAUUUAUUAUCUGAAACAAGAUGAUGUAACAGAGGCCUAUAAUCUGAUAAAGGACUUGGAACCAACCACACCACAGGAAUACAUCUUGAAGGGAGUUGUUAAUGCUGCACUAGGACAAGAACAGGGCUCUCGAGAACAUUUGAAGAUUGCUCAGCAAUACUUCCAGCUGGUUGGUGGUUCCGCCAGUGAAUGUGAUACAAUUCCUGGUAGACAGUGCAUGGCAUCUUGUUUCUUCUUGCUGAAACAGUUUGAGGACGUCCUCAUUUAUCUGAACUCCAUAAAGAGUUAUUUCUACAAUGAUGACACAUUUAACUUCAACUAUGCUCAAGCAAAAGCUGCUGUAGGCAACUUCAAAGAGGCAGAGGAGGUGUUCUUGUUAAUACAGAGUGAUAAGAUAAAGAAUGACUACACAUACCUUAGCUGGUUAGCUAGAUGCUAUAUUAUGAACAGGAAAGCCAGGCUGGCAUGGGAGUUGUACCUGAAGAUGGAGACAUCAGGAGAGUCCUUCAGUCUAUUACAGCUUAUAGCCAACGAUUGCUACAAGAUGGGACAGUUUUACUAUGCAGCCAAAGCCUUUGAUGUGUUAGAAAGGUUAGAUCCAAACCCAGAGUAUUGGGAGGGUAAACGUGGAGCUUGUGUCGGUGUGUUCCAACUUAUCAUUGCUGGUCAUGAACCAAGGGAAACACUACGAGAUGUUAUCAACAUGUUAAGAAAUUCAAGCACACCGCAAGUAGAGUACAUGGUCAGAACGAUGAGAAAAUGGGCAAAGGAGAAUCUCGUUCCUCUACCAUGAUCAGCCACAACAAGUGUUCAUCUAUCAUUUUAGCAUGCUCCUCAGUGAAGAGACUGCUCUAUGCAUUUUUCAUAUAUAAAUAGAAGCAGUUAAGGUCUAGAUUUGAGACAUUUUUAGUCUCGGAGAUAUGCAUUUCUGAGAUUUUCCUUUUCUUGUCUCUGAGACAUUAUUACCUAACUGGUCUUCUAUGGUACUGUUCAGCUGUUUCUUAUUUACAACUAUCGAUUUAUACACAGUUGGAAGUCUUGUGUAGAUAUACAAAAAUCAAAACAGUUGAAAUUUCUUCUAGUAGAAAAUAUAUUUGUUAUUAAAGGAAAAUCUGACAGCUGUUUGAACUGCUGUUUGGUGUAAACAUGUAUGGCAUAUCAACAUUAUAAAAGCUUCUGUUUUGACUUUUUCCACUUUGGAUUACAUUGGAUUAUCUGCUGUACCUCUAUCCUGGUUUUGUGUCAAGAUAAAAAACCAAAAAAAUAGAAAGUGGAAAGAUUGUAAUCUACUUGUGGCAUUAUUUGUAAGGACUUACCAUUAAGAAUGUCUACUGUUCACUUGGCUUUAUGCCAGAGACUGAUUAAACUUGCGAACUUUGGGUAUUAACAUUGAUAACAAAAUAUGAAUAAAUUAUAGGUCAAAAUGAUACACUUUGAAAUUAUUAAUAUUUGUAGGGGACUAAUUUUUGUGGCUGCAUCAAUCCUCAAAUUUGGUCCCAAAGACCAAGCUAAAGUCAUGUUAAUGAAUGCUUGAUAAGUAAAAGAUCCUCAUGAAACAGCAAUUUUGGACAAAACCACAGAAUUUCAUGCCCACAAAUUUAAGUGAUUUCACAGUAGUCUGUUGUGUGCUUAUUUAGAUGGUGCAAGUUGGGGGACAGGCUGCUGAUGGCUGUAUAUAUAUUCAGAUUUUGUUUGAAAGACAGUCUGCGGACAACCAUAUAUUUAUUCAGAUUUUUAUAAGAAAAAAGUCAGCUGCUUUUAUAACGUUGGAAUUACAGUAACACGUUAUAUAGUUAUAAAUUAGGGAGUUGUAUCACUGGGGCUUGAGGUUUAGAUAAAAACAUAGUUACCUAGAGCAAGCUCUUUCUAUAUUUUAAGUGACUGAACCUUUGUUUAGCUCAAAAUAGCAGUUAAAAAUAUUGUUUGCACCUAAACACCGGUUUUUGGUUAAAUGUUACAUCCAUUCAUCAACCAGGCUGAAAAUUAAGCAUAUCAAAAAAAUAAACUGCUGAUAGAAUAUUAUAAAUUCAACACUGGCUGAAUAUAAUUGUCUUAUUUUUAUAGAGACCAUUUUCAAAUAGUUCAAGCUUUAUUAACCUUGAAUGAUUAUAUUUCUUAUAUGUUCAGACCAUAGUCUUGAGGCCUAUAUAUUGUUGGAUUAUCAAUACUUCAUCUCAUGAUUGUAAACUGAUCCCUGUGUGACUAUUGUCCUAUGGUUUUAUUUCAUGUCUUUGGGUUCGAUAUCAUGUGACAUCAUUACCUUAAAUCAUGCAUCUGUUGAAAGGCUGUGAUAUAAUAAAAUCUCAUUGAUUUUUAUACAUCCUGAGGUUGUUUUGUGAUACCCAAAUAAAAGUGUUGUAUUAAGGCAAAGUAAGUGGUACAUAGACCUUCUUUGGCAUUUUUUGAACAAUGGACAUUGUGUGUUAUUUUGACAGAAAAUAUAUAAUGUAAAAGACAGUAACAUCAAAAACAGUACUUUUAAAUAAGUAAAUACUAUAUAAGUUUCAUAAAAUAAUCUUACAGAAUAAAAAAAAAUCAUUUUUCGCCAUGGUUUCCUUGAAAAUGAGAAAACGUAACUUGAGAAACUAGACAGUUUGAGUGUAGCUUGAAGAAAACCAAGUAUAUUCAUGAUUAUACAUAUCAGUAUGGUGUAAGAAUGAUACCGUUGUUGUAUAUAUUGUUUUUGUCUUAGUUAAGAAUGAUAUUUAUUUUUAUAUUCCGUCCAGUCACUUGUAAAUGAUCUGUUUACAUUCCACCAUGAUAAUUAACGUAAUUCUGUUACUCUGUUAAGUGUAUAGAUUUUAAUCCAGUUUAAGACAUUUUAGAUUAACUGAAACUCAAAGUUGUAUGAAUCAUACAUGAUGUGAAUCUGUAAUGACGCUUACUUUAAAAUAUUGUGAUAUUUAGUUGUGCUGAAAUUUCUUUGAAGGGGCAUGAUUUGUGCCCUUUGUACAGGAUAACAUGUUUAAUUUAUUGAAUAAAUAUUGCAAAUAUGA